AUGCAGGCACUGGCGCGAGCGGCGCGGGUGCUGUGGCCGGCGGCGGCGGCGGGGAGGGGGCAGGCGCAGGCGCAGACGCAGGCGGCGCGGGGGAUCGUGGUGCAGGUGAGGGACGGCAACCUGGAGCGCGCGCUGCAGGUGAUGGAGCGCAAGAUGCGGUCCAGCGGCAUCGAGCGGCUCAUCAAGCGCCGGACGGAGCACCACGUCAAGAACUCGGAGAAGCGCGUGCUCGCGCGCAAGGCGCUCAUGGCGCGCGUCCGCUCCCAGGAGCUCGGCAAGAGCCUCCGCGACAUCCUCAUCAAGAAGAUCAGGACUGUGAGAACCUGA